GACCGGCUCGGGACAAUGGAAGAAGCGACGGCUACGGUAGCGGCGACGGCGGCGGCGGCCGGGGGGGGGCCGUGCCCGGUAGAUCGGACGGGGGCGGCGACGCUGAGCGGGGAGAACGAGGCCGAGAGCCGCCAGGGCCCGGCGGAGCGGGGCGGGGAGGCGGCGCCGCUCAACCUGUUGGACACUUGCGGCGUGUGCGGGCAGCCCAUCCAGAGCCGGCAGCCCAAGCUGCUGCCCUGCCUCCACUCCGUGUGCCAGCGCUGCCUGCCGCAGCCCGACCGCUACCUCAUGCUGCCUCCCGCCGCCCCAACCAAGGAGCCGCCGCCUCCCCCUUCCUCGCCCGGCCCCUCGUCCCUGCACUGCACGCCAGUUGGUGUUAUCCGCUGUCCAAUUUGUGGUCAGGAAUGCGCAGAGAGACACAUCAUAGAUAACUUUUUUGUGAAGGAUACCACAGAGGUUCCUAGUAGCACAGUAGAAAAAUCAAAUCAGGUCUGCACAAGUUGUGAAGACAAUGCAGAAGCUCAUGGGUUUUGUGUGGAAUGUGUGGAAUGGUUGUGCAAGACCUGCAUCAGAGCUCACCAGAGGGUUAAAUUCACAAAGGAUCAUACUGUAAGACAGAAGGAGGAAGUAUCUCCAGAGGCAGUUGGUGUGACCAGUCAGCGACCUGUGUUUUGCCCUUUCCACAAAAAGGAGCAGCUGAAGCUGUACUGUGAAACGUGUGACAAGUUGACCUGCCGAGAUUGUCAGUUACUAGAACACAAAGAGCACAGGUACCAGUUCAUAGAAGAAGCUUUUCAGAACCAGAAAGUGAUCAUUGAGACUCUAAUCACUAAACUGAUGGAGAAGACUAAAUAUAUAAAAUGUACAGGGAAGCAGAUCCAGAACAGAAUUCUUGAGAUGAAUCAGAAUCAAAAGCAGGUGGAACAGGAUAUUAAAGUUGCCAUAUUUACACUGAUGGUAGAAAUAAACAAAAAGGGAAAAGCUCUGCUGCAUCAGUUGGAGACUCUGGCUAAAGAGCAUCGAAUGAAACUUAUGCAACAACAACUGGAAGUGGCAGGUCUCUCUAAACAGCUGGAACAUGCCAUGAAUUUUUCCAAAUGGGCAGUUUCCAGUGGAAGCAGCACAGCUCUACUCUACAGUAAACGCUUGAUUACAUAUCGACUACGCUAUCUUCUCCGAGCGAGGUGUGAUGCUUCACCAGUGACUAACAAUACCAUCCAGUUUCAUUGUGAUCCUAGCUUCUGGGCUCAAAAUAUUUUCAAUCUAGGUUCUCUGGUAAUUGAAGAUAAAGAAACCCCACCACACAUGCCCAAGAACCCUGGGACAGAAACAAGUUUGCAGCCACCAAGCAGCUUACCUUCAAAUCAGCUAUCUAAGUUCCCAAUGCAAAUAAACUUGGCUCAGCUCCGUCUCCAGCACAUGCAGCAACAAGUCAUGGCUCAGAGACAGCAAGCUCAGCGUAGAGCAGGUCCAGUAGGUCUACCAAAUCCAAGAAUGCCAGGAAGUGUGCAGCAGCCUCCUGCUUCUCAUCAGGCACCUCCACGUUUGAUUCAUUUUCAGAAUCAUAGCUCCAAGUCCAAUGGUGCAGCUCCUCCUGCACAACAGAUGAGAUUUCCCCAAAAUCAGAGCCUACCAAGGCAAGCAAUAAAGCUCAACCCAUUGCAGAUGGCAUUCUUGGCACAGCAAGCUAUGAAGCAGUGGCAGGUCGGUAAUGGACAAAGUUCAACUGCCAUUUCAACAGCAAGCAGCAUAACUUCUACUCCAUCCAGCCCCACAGUCACUAGUGCUGCAGGAUGUGAUGGGAAGACAUAUGGUCCUCCGGUGAUAGAUUUGAGUUCUCCAGUGGGUAGUUCCUACAAUCUGCCAUCUCUUCCUGAUAUUGAUUGUUCAGGAAACAUCACACUGGAUACUGUUGCGAGGAAGGAUGAUGUCACUGCAGAGCAGAACCACCCAAAGCCCCCUUCAAACAGAACUGUGCAGUCACCAAAUUCAUCGGUACCAUCACCAGGCAUUUCAGGAGGUGUCAGUGUAACAAACAUACAUCCUCCAAUACGUUCACCCAGUGCCUCCAGUGUUGGGAGCAGAGAGAGUUCUAGCUCUUCCAGCCGGCCACCGGGAGCUGAUUCUACACACAAAGUCCCAGUUGUUAUGUUGGAGCCUAUCAGAAUUAAGCAGGAGUCAAGUACACCAAAUGAGAACUUUGAUUUCCCAAUUGUUAUUGUGAAGCAAGAAGCAGAGGAGGAAUCCCGGCCUCGGAAUACCAGCUUUUCAAGAAGCAUACUGACUUCAUUGCUGUUAGAUGGUAAUCAUAACUCAACUUCUGAUGAAGCUGUUUUAAGAACAGAUGCCCCAGACAGCACAGAUGAUCGGCCAAGGAUACUGCAGGAGAAUACAACCAGUGCCAAGAUAGGAUGGAUAGGCCCCUCACACACUGGAGAGGGCAGAAAAGAGGACGAUCCCAAUGAAGACUGGUGUGCAGUAUGUCAAAAUGGUGGGGAGCUCCUUUGCUGUGAGAAAUGUCCCAAAGUAUUCCAUCUUUCCUGUCAUGUCCCUUCAUUGAUGAACUUUCCAAGUGGAGAGUGGAUUUGUACGUUCUGUCGGGAUUUGUCUAAGCCAGAAGUUGAAUAUGAUUGUGAUAAACCAACUCACAACCCUGAAAAAAGAAAACUGGAAGACACUGUGGGCUUGGCACCAAUAGACCGUAGGAAGUGUGAAAGACUGCUGCUAUACCUCUACUGUCAUGAAAUGAGUCUUGCUUUUCAGGAUCCAGUUCCUCCUACAGUUCCUGAUUACUACAAAAUAAUCAAAAAGCCUAUGGACUUGUCAACCAUCAAGAAUAGACUUCAAGUGAACGAUUCGUUCUACACAAAGCCAGAAGAAUUUGUGGCCGACUUCAGACUGAUUUUCCAAAACUGUGCUGAAUUUAAUGAGCCUGAUUCAGAAGUGGCUGAUGCCGGCAUGAAGCUUGAAGCAUACUUUGAAGAACUACUAAAGAGCCUUUAUCCUGGAAGGAAGUUCCCUGUACAAUCUAACUGCCAGAGUGAAAAAGAUAAUGCAGAACUUAGUGAUGACUCAGAUGAUGACAUUGUACAGCCUCGGAAAAAACGUCUCAAAGGAGAAGACCGUCAGUUGCUGAAAUGAGUCGCAUGUGGAACGUUUUUUAAAAACGAAGGGUAUUUAUCACUGACAGUUGUUGCAAGGGGAAGAGUCGUGACUGCUUUGACCUGGAGGUCUGUGGACAUUUACUUGACUUUCUACCCCUUUCUACCCCUUAUCUGAAACACAAUUCCAGGGGAGAUCCAGAGCUGCAGAGAGCUUCCUUGAAGUUCCAAGUUUGCAGCAUACUUCUGGAACUGCGCAGAAACUGUGAUUUGUAUGGGAUGACAGCUGUUUAACUUUACUUUGAAGAAGAAAAGAGGUUUGUAUAGAACUGAACUUUAAGAUGUUACAUAGGUUCAACAUAUGGUUUUCUGAGUUUGAAGAAAAUGUGAUCUCACCAGACAUUUAAUUUUACCAAAGGCAUGUGGCUGGCCAUGAUUUGGUUUCUUUGUACUGUAUUUAACACAAGCCAUGAAAACAGAUGUUGUAAUAUUGUUGUCCUGCAAUACUGACUGAUACAAUGAAAGUGUAGUUGCCCCUAAAGAAGUUAUUGGUUAAUUUUAAAAUGUGAGGGAGAGCGUAUUAAAAAUAACUUAAAGAAAAAAAGGAAUUUGAGAGUUUUUAAUAGAGAAAGGAAAGGACGUGGUGCUUCGUUUUGUGUACCACUUUCCCACAGUCAGCAAGAAACAGUGCUAUUCCUAUACACUAUGUUGUUUAAAAGGUGCCUCACAAGUUUGAUGUACUUCUGUUUAAUGGACUUCAAUGUUAGAGGGGAAGACUCAAGGGAAAGAGCAUUUGUUUGCAACUAUCAAGCUUUUUGGUAAGUUUAGGGGGCAAAGAAAAGUGUCUUUUCUGUCCACAAGAUCUUAUUGUUUUUCCAAAUUUCUAAAUAUUAUUGUGGGAAUGCAGCCAGUGUUAAAUUAACAAGUGUAAAGGAGAGGGGAGGGCUUUAGGAAAAAAAAAAGAUCCAGUUCCUUGAACCUUCAUCUGUCCUUGUUAAAAUCACCAGAAACUAAAGACAAACGAUGUUGGGAUUUACUUUUUUUUCUGCUUUCCAGAAGUGCUGAUAACAAUGUAGAUGGCUGUUUCUGCAUUCAGCAAUGGCAGAUUGAAAGUACCUGUCUAUGAUUGCCUCAGCUAUUGGCUUAUACUCUUCACGUAUGUCAUCUUAAGUGAAAACUGUCUUUUUUUUAGGAAGAGCAGACAAUCUCUUGGAUAAAUUGAGCUGAUUUGCACCAGAGUUUUGCAGAUGGAUUUAUGAAGACAUCUGUGUUUACACAGACCUGCUUUUUACUUGUUAUGUAGCACUAAUAUGGGUGCUACAGAUAGAUCCUCGCAAGCCUAAACAGAAGUGCUGCUUGUUCUUCCCUGCUGUGUACAUAUACCCUCAGCAAAAGGGCACAUCUUUUUCUUUUACCUUCUGAAGCUGUUCACCUGCCUUUAUCCUAGAGUGGCCCUGCAUAUUUAAAUGCUGUGGACAUUUCAAAAGAACACUCAGCUGUGCUUGCAGCUGGCCUUUGACAGUCAAUACAGCUUUUGAAGUGCUGUGAUGGUUUGACUGGGUAUUGAGCUUCCUAGAGUAACUAUUAAUUUAUCCUUUUAAAAUUAUUAUUUUUAAUUGCCUGAAGGGAGUUGCUUGCAGCAGGAGCUCUACCAUCCCAGAGUUCCAGGAAAAAACGAGAAGUGAAAGUGAAGGAGCUGAACAGGAUGGUGAGGGAGACCAUUUUAACAUAACAGGCACAACACUGUGCUGCAGAAGCACAGAGUUAAGAAAUGAGAGGCUCUGUCACUGCAGCAUCUAAUGGGUAUCUAGGACUUCUGUAACAAGUCAAGUUAGCUAUGCUUCCAGAGAAAGCUGAUGAAUGUUUCUCUAGACCUGAAGCUGCAAGCAGAAGUUUCAUAGAAUGCUUGGUGCAGUUAGAGGUGAAGUUUGACAUCUAUGUAGCUUCAUCUACAAGUUGUUCUCUCAGUGAGAGAUACUGGAGAGGAAAAUUAAUGUACUCUUGCAGUCCAGUUGCUGCUUUCUCUUCUUUUGAUUCUCCCCUCGUAACAGUGAAAACUUUUUGAAAUAAUUGUACAGCAACAGUGGAACAAAUUGAAAAUAGCUUAUUCAGAAAGAACCCCCCCCUCACAAGUCACAGUAUGUUUUGUUGGGGAAUGUGGUUAAGAGUAUAAGACUAUUCUGCAGUCUGUUUUUCAUUCGGACAUUUUUCUUCUAGUACUGCAACAGUUCAUAGAAUCUGCAGCACUAUAGAUCAAAACAGACAUCUCCCGUGAUGGAGGUGGGACAGAAGCUAAAAGGAAUUACCUUACAUCAGUCCAUUUCCUGUUGUCAUUGAGAACCAGUUGUGUAUACAUAGGAAAAAUGUAAAAAGGGAAAGAAAAAAAAAAAAAAUAGACUUGUUUUACACAGUUCUUUACUAGGUUGGAGGAAGAGAUUGUGAUAAACAAUGCAGGUGCCACUUGUCCAAUAAGUCAGUAAUACUGAUGGCCAGCCAAUGACUUGGCUGAGUCUUGCAUCAACUGUGGAGACAUGGAAGCUGACAGUUGAAACGGUUAGAUUUGAAUGGGCAAGUGAUGUGUGUGCUUUAAGAUGGCAAGCCAGAGUAAACAAGAUGGAUUGGGAAAGCUCUGUCAGCCUGCAGCAUCACAAAUGCCUCAGUACAGAAAGGGAUUAAAACAGGUCACCAAAGAACUUCAAUUUGCUAACCUGUUUACCAGAUGCUUCCUGAGAACCUCAUUUGGAUGCUACCAUCAGGCACAAGGACAAGACAACUUUUUCAGUGAUCUGUUUGAUCUUGUCUCUGUUUAAAUAAUCCGUGGGGAAAAAAUCUGACUCAGCUUUCAUCUUGUGGUUUUAAAUGUCACCCUAAGGACCUUCUGAAAUUACCACUGCAGUGACAUUUGAGAUGUUAAACUUAGCUUUUGAUGCAGGUGAGAUAAUAGCAUUCCUCAAACAUUGGUUCUUUUGUUUUUUAAAAGUAAGUACUGCAUCCUCCCAAGCUGCUAUGGCAAAAA